GGCCUUCAGGAGGAUUGCGAAAGUCUGGAAAGCUCUGGACGUGAGGUGUGAGUGCAGAGGAAGGUGGUAUGCGUUCAUGCCUUCUAUAGGCUGAUAUUCUCUCCAGGGGGCAACAGUCGAGCACCUGCGCCGAGCAAAGGUUGAUCCUGGUCUGAGACAAGAUCCAGGCAUCUGACAGCUUCAGUCAAUCAGCUCUGUCCCAGGAGAAGCAAAUACGAGAUGAGUGUCCACGAGGGUUUGGUUAACAGCAAUGGUGUCGCAGUCAUGGCUGAGAGCAUCUCCACCCAAAAGACCCACUCCACUCUCAUCCUCAACGGAGGAGCCACCCCAGCUGAGCUCCAUGUAACAUCUGAGCUGGAGGAAGCCACUGAAGGACUUUCACUGGAAGAGCCCAAGGCAGUUCCCUUGUUGGCGAAUUUGCCUCCUGCACGUCUGGCCCCAGCUGACCAGCUAUGGUGCACCAGCAGAGACAAGGCGGUCAAGCUGAGGAUGGAGGGCUCGGGUCCGGCCUCGGAGACUCCCCGGACCGUCCAUCAGCUGUUCCAGGACACAGUGGAGACGUUCGGGGAUUUUCCAGCCUUGGCUUCCAAAGCAGGGGGCCGGUGGGUGACCCUGACGUGGAGGCAGUACUAUGAUCAGUGCCGGGCCGCAGCUAAGAGUUUCCUCAAGUUGGGGCUGGAGCGUUUCCAUGGCGUGGGGAUCCUGGGAUUCAACUCGCCCGAAUGGUUCAUCUCAGACGUCGGCUGCAUCUUUGCCGGGGGUCUGGCAACUGGAAUUUACACCACCAACUCGCCCGAAGCUUGUCGCUAUGUGGCUGAGAGCUGUGAGGCCAACAUCAUGGUUGUGGAAAACCAGAAACAGCUCGACAAAAUCCUGCAGGUUAAAGAUCAACUACCUCACCUGAAAGCUAUUGUCCAGUAUAAAGGCGAGCUGAAGCAGAAAGCACCAUUCCUGUAUACAUGGGCAGAGUUCAUGAAGCAGGGAGAGGACGUACCUGACGAGCAGCUGGAUGCUGUGAUUGACAGUCUUCGGGUCAACGAGUGCUGUACUCUCAUCUUCACAUCUGGAACUACUGGCAACCCUAAAGGAGUCAUGUUGAGCCAUGACAAUCUGACAUGGACAGUCCACAUGGCAUCUUCCAUGCUCAGUUUUAAACCCGCUGAGGAGGUCGUGGUCAGUUACCUGCCGCUCAGCCACGUGGCAGCCCAGCUCGUUGACAUUUGGUUGGGUGUUCAUUUUGCCAUGACCACCUACUUUGCAGAGCCAGACGCCCUCAAGGGCUCCUUAGUAAACACACUGAAAGAAGCUCGUCCAACUUGUUUCCUGGGGGUUCCUCGUGUGUGGGAGAAGAUGCAGGAGAAGAUGAGAGCUACGGUGGCCAAGGUAUCCCCAAUGAAGAGGGCAAUCGGCGACUGGGCCAAGUCCAUCGGCCUGCAGUACAACUACAGUGUCAUGAGCGGGGAGAAUCGGGUGCCGUGGGGCUUCAUGCUGGCUAAUAAUCUGGUCUUGAAGAAGGUCCGUGAUGCGCUGGGCUUAGACCGCUGCAGGUUCUGCUUCACGGGCGCCGCCCCCAUCACCAAAGAGACUCUGGAGUACUUCAUGAGCCUGAACAUCCCUUUGUUGGAGCUAUACGGCAUGAGUGAAAGCUCCGGCCCGCACGCCCUCUCCAGUGACACUGAAUACCGCAUGACAAGCUGUGGAAAAGUGAUGCCGGGCUGCAAGACGAAGCUGGAGAACCCAGAUGAGGACGGGAGUGGAGAGAUCUGUUUCUGGGGUCGGCACGUCUUCAUGGGCUACCUGGACAUGCCGGAAAAAACAAUAGAGGCUCUCGACGACGACGGCUGGCUGCACUCUGGAGAUCUGGGACGACACGACCAGAAUGACUUCCUGUACAUCACAGGAAGGAUCAAAGAACUGAUCAUCACCGCCGGUGGAGAGAACAUCCCUCCCGUGCCCAUCGAGGACUCAGUGAAGGCCGAGGUGCCCAUCAUCAGCAACGCCAUGCUGCUCGGAGACAAGCUGAAGUUCCUCUCCAUGAUGCUCACGCUCAAAUGCGUCGUGGACGACAACGGCGAGCCCACGGACGAGCUGACCCCCGAGGCUUUGAGUUUCUGCCAGCAGCAUGGCGUCACGGCGACCAAGGUGUCAGAGAUAAUAGCCAAUAAGGAGCCAGCUAUCUACAAAGCCAUUCAGGAAGGCGUAGAGCGCGCCAACGCCAUAGCCACCUCCAACGCCCAGAAGAUCCAGAAGUGGGUGUUACUGGAGCGAGACUUCUCCGUCGAAGGAGGAGAACUGGGACCCACCAUGAAACUGAGGAGGCCCAUUGUUGUGAAGAAGUACCAGGAGACGAUAAACGAAUUGUAUGCAGUGGCCGCGGAAAGACCGUAGACUGUACUGCACGGAGAUGAGAUAAUGCUGACGACAGGCGGCCGUGAGAAACCUGCAGGGCAAGUUUAUGAACAUUGUGUUGUGCCCAGAUGUCGUGUUGAGAAAUAUAUAAAUCUCUUUUCACCUGAAUGUUAAAGGUGUAAAAGAGGUUUAUAAUUUAAAGGGGGGGGAACCUUGAUUCUGAUUGUAUUUAAAGGUCUAGUGUGUUGGAUUUAGGGGGAUUUAUUGGCAGAAAUGGAAUAUAAUAUUCAUGAAACUAAGAAUCGUGUUUUCGUUAGCUUAGAAUGAGCCCUUCAUAUCUACAUAGGGAGCUGGUCCUCUUCCACAGAGUCCGCCACGUUGCUCCGCCAUGUAUCGACAGUAACGCAGAACGGACAAACGGUUAUGUUACCUGAAGGCCAUCGUGGUUCUCCAACAUGCUUGUAAAGGGAGGGGUGAGCGGCAAGCACACAGGAAGAGCGCCGGGCUUUGAAGCAAAUUUUCAUAGUGGCCAUACGGUGGUACUACAACUUCCGUGUCCGUCACGUGAUGCCAUUGGGCCCAAAAAUAUUUUUUUCCCAUAGACUCACAUUGGGAAAGAAAUAUCUGUAAAUCAGCGCAUAAUUAUUUUUACGGUUAAUGAACUUCCCAGUACGAACACUUGAAUCGCCCUUAUUUAAAUCAUUACGUCCUAAAAGCUGUAAAAUGAACUAAUAGCUGAAUCCAGAGUUAUUUCCCUUCAUCAUGUGAAUGAGACCCAGUCCGAGGCUGGACCGAGGGCUGGGAGGCGGAGUUAAAGGAAACGCUAGUGCUUUUGCUCUAUGGGCCCAAUAGAUGCAGAAUUACACCAGAAGAUCCGGGUAAUUUAUCACUCGCCAGUUGAGCCAUUUUGCCAAGUUUCUUUCUUUAUACAUCCAUGGUGAACAGAGGGGUAUUCAGUUGGUUGUAAUCUGCAACCUCACCGCUAGAUGCCACUAAAUCUUACACACUGGUCCUUUAAUGGAAUAGAGGUUUGUGCUAUGUUUUAAUAUUUCUGUUGUCUGUUUUGAGUCGAUAUUUAAGCUGUUAAAUGUACAUACGGUUUCACUGCAGCUGUGCACGUUUUGUAAAUAAAACAUCGAAAUCGGAGCCAAAUCCUGCCAUUUACUGUUGGCACAUACAGGUAAAUUGUAUGCCAUCACAUUGUGAAACACUGGAUGGUGUCUGUCGUCAUUUUUACAGUUUGUGAUCCACUGUGGCCAAGAUGAAACUCUCCUGUCUUGGUCAUAAGCAGCAAUAUCUAUUUAAAGAUUUUACCGCAUUAAUUGCCAGUGUUCAUGUUGUGAGAUAAUCAGCAUAGAAAAGGUGCAGACAUCCAAGAGUGGAUGGAGGUUAUGUCUGAAUAAAUAUGUCUAUAAUAAGAUUAUAAGAAUAUCAAUAGUUUAAUCAUUUCUACAAUCACAAAUGCAAAUUUUAAAGCAUACAUUUUAAUUUGUGCUCCUCCAUGUACAGUUUGACAAAAAUGUAAAUGUUUAUUUUAAGAUGUUCCAUGAUUGUCAAUAAAAAAAGUGAGUGAUUUGGACAAAUUGACCAAA